AUGCCCGGAUUCGCGGACUCCUUCUGGUCUGGGGACUAUGCCGGAGGACUCGGCGUUCUCUUCAGCAAGCUCCAACAGGGUGUGCAAGAGAACCAGCAGAUUCUCAUGAUUGCGCGGAUGCGAGCGGAGGCGGAAGACCUGUACGGAAUGAAGCUGGGCGAGAUUGAGAUUGCCUCAGACAGAGUGAGCGGCGGCUUCUCACGAGAUGACGGAGCGAGUGUCAAGAAGGCCUACGAUGGGGUACGCUCGGAGAUGCAGGAGGCGGCCAAGAGCCAUCGGAAAAUUGCCCAAAGCAUCCGAGAUCUCGUCGUGUCCCCUUUUACCAGGUGGUGCGAUGCUCACGAGUCGCGAGUUCAGAAUUCCCAAGACGAUUUGCAGGCUCGGAUAAAGCUGCAUGACAAGCAGGCGGACUUGGUGAAGAAGCUCCGCAGCCACUACUUCAACAAGUGCCGCUUGGUGGAGGAUAUUGAAGAGGAGAACAAGCUUGCCUUCCAGGACCCGGAGACGAGCCCGCAGGCGAAGAUACCCGAGAUCAAGGUGGAGGAGAACCAGGACGAGGACGAGGAGCAGAUCGAUAUUGGGGACGAAAUCUACCAGCCAGAGCAGCUCAAGAAGAUCCUGACGCACAUCCUGCAGACGGUCAAGCUGGGCGAGACGAAGGUGCCGAUUCUGGGCACGUACCAGAACACGACGACGGGAGCCGACAUCGUGGAGUAUCUGCAGAAGAACAUGGGCGCAACCAGUGUCAGCCAUGCCGAGCGCAUCGGACAAGACCUGAUCACCAACGGCUUCCUGCGACUGGUUGGAAAUGUCGGAAGCGUUUUUGCCAACAGCUCCAAGAUGAACUAUCAGUGGAAGCCAAAGGCUUUCCAGUGGACCGGAAUUCCGGAAAAGAAACUGCCCCUGGGUCGCACUUUCUCGAUCGCUUCCAACUCCGAUUACGCCGACUCUCCGGUGGUGGGCACUGUCACCGAGUACUUGGCUGGAUGGAACCCUCUGAAUAAUCCAUACCCCAACGAAACACCAGGCGACAAACUCAGACGAGAGGCUGCAGAGGCGGAUGAGAGAUACAGGAGCAGUGUCCGAAAGCUGGAUCUCCUUCGGUGCCAACUCGAGGAAGCUAUCGUCGAGCACCUGCGGUACUUGGAGAGAUGCGAGCUGGACCGGCUGAAGGCCAUCAAGACCAUCAUCCUGGAUUUUUCCGGCACCAUCAGCAAUGUCAUCCCUAGUCUGCAAUCGACGGUUGACAAGAUGAUGCUCUACCAGGAGACGAUCCAACCGAUCGGCGAUCUCAGAUACCUCCUGGAGAACUACCGCACCGGAGGAUUCGUGCCCAAGGUCGUGGUCUAUGAAAACUACUACAACUCGGCCGACGGACAGACGUUUGGUGUGGACCUCGAGGCCCGUGCUAGAGCUGAUCGCAAGAGGGUCCCAAUCAUUAUCACCAACAUCCUCACAUUCCUCGACAACCGGUACCCCGAUCUGGAAGGCGAUGAGGCUAGACGAAGUGUGUGGCUGGUUCAUGUACCCCUUCAUCAGACACACCGACUGCGCGAAGCUCUCAACACCGGAAAGCCGUUUUCCAUGGAGGCUCUGGAGCCCUACGACAUCCCCAUUAUUGCGAGCCUCCUUAGACUGUACUUACUUGAACUCCCAGACUCCUUGGUCUCUUCUCACGUUUACGAAAUUAUGAAAACAAUCUAUUCGACCCCGGCGUCCGAGUCUACAGACGCGGCCCGUAUCUCCGUCCUGCAAAACACCCUCAGCCAGCUCCGGCUCGCAAAUAUCGCGACCCUUGACGCCCUAAUGACCCACUUCACCCGCCUCAUCGAGCUCACUUCCGCCGACGAAACCUACAUCGCAGCUCUCGCUACCUCCUUGGCACCUUGUAUCCUCCGGCCCCGUACCGAAACUUCCAUGACCAUGGAGGAGAGGUACUCCUACCGCCUCAUUCGCGACCUCUUCUCCCACAAACACGCCAUCUUCAAUGAACUCAAGCGCGCAUCCUCCCUGUCCCACACCAUUAGCGUUGAUACCCGUCCAAGAUCCGUCAGCGCCGUCAGUACUGACGAGAGCAACCGCAAAGCCAAUAUGGAAGCUCGUGCGAGAGCCAUCAUCGCUGCUGGUGGCACGAACCGUGGACGUGACAAGAGUCCGGCACCUUCCCCCAGGGGUCACCGUAGAGACCGGAGCUCGGGUGGUCCAGAGACUCGCUUUCCGAUCGCUUCUCCUACCGCUGCCCAUACCGACUCUCCACGCAACUCACGCACCAGCACAGGCGUACGAUCGAGUCUUGAAGUCCCUGGUGAAUCUGCGCCUGUCAUCCCAGCUGAGACGAACGGCACUCCCGACUCUCCGCUAAAGACUAUCACGAAUGGAGCAGAGAACCACCCGACUGGCGCGACGUAUGUCCCUAGCUUGGAUGAUGGUUUGGAUGGGCUGGGCGCUGGUGUCGAGAAGCGGAAUUCGCUGGGGAGAGCGCCGGCUGCGGGGGCAACUGGAAGGUUUGCGGGAAGGAGACCGAUGGGGCUCUCGAGGAUGGGUGUUGAUGACAACAAGCGGAGCAGUGUAGUAAGUAUUGGGGAGGACGGUGCCAGAGUUGGGGUGAGUCUGACGGACAAGGCUAUGGACGACUAG